AUGGUGCCUACACCGGUGUUAUACGCUGCAAUUCCAGUGUCCCUUGCUGUUGCAUUGGGUUUAAUACGAAGAUGGAGAUCGCGGAAUUGGGCUAAAUGUGUCAGCAAUACGUGUUUAAGAGGAAAAACGUUCCUAAUUACCGGUGCUAAUAGCGGUAUUGGUCUAGAAACGGCUAGAGCUUUGGUGAGAAGAAAAGCCCGUGUUAUAUUUGCAUGUCGCGAUCUUGCGAAAGCAAAACAAGUUGUCGCUACUAUGCGGGAAGAGGAAAACGCAGGAGAACUUAUUCCCAUGCAGCUUGAUCUAGGAUCAUUUGAAUCUAUAGAAAAGUUUGUGGAGGUUGUAAAAGCAGGAUUCAACCGGAUUGAUGUUCUCAUCAAUAAUGCUGGAGUGGUGGUCCCAUUGGAUAAAGAUGAAAAAACCAAAGAGGGUUUCGAAAUACAUUUAGGUGUCAAUCAUCUGGGUCAUUUCUAUCUAACAAAUUUAUUGGUGGAUCUGCUGAAGAAAGCAUCUCCGAGUAGGGUUGUAGUCGUUACAUCGACGUUACAUGAGAAUGCCAAAUUGAACUUUAAUGACUUGAACUUGAGGGAGGAAAUUGCAGCGGCGAAAAAGGGCAAAAAGGAGAGACACAACCCCGGCUACUGUAAUUCUAAACUCAUGAAUGUAUACUUCACAAGGGCCUUGGCCCUGAAAUUGAAGGACAGCGGUGUUGAUGUAAAUGCCUGCUGCCCAGGUUUCUGUUACACUAACAUAUUCAGAAACUUCCGAUGGUACCAUUAUGUUAUGCUCGCUCCAAUAGCCAUAAUGUUUAUGAGGUCAGCGAAACAGGGUUCGGAAACCAUAGUCUACGCGGCUUCCGACUACAGCAUUGAGGGGCAAACCGGUAAAUUCUACCGCGACUGCGCUGAAUGCACUUCCAAGUAUCCAUUCACGAAGGAGGAGGAAGAGAAGGUGUGGCAGGUCAGCGAAGAGAUGAUCAAAGCGAGGAGACCUCUAUAGAAGACAUUGUUUAUCUAUGGACGUGCAUAAUAGAGAUAUAUUACAUAAAAAUGAGCGCCAAAGCGUUUAAUAUCGUGGCGGUUGCGACACCUAUUAUAUAACAUAUACUUAUAUACAUAUAUAAACAUAUAUAAUAAUUAAAAAGUAGAAUUAUACUCAUAUUUUAGUAAUAGUUGGUACUGUGCGCCCAUAUAUUCUUUUUAAUUGCUUAUAACUGAAUUAAUAAAAUAUUAUGAAUAUUUACUUUCUGGUUUGCUUGUGCCAUUUUAAUCAUAUCAAACUUAUUUGAGGCUGUACGUUGAAACAAUUAAAAACUGACAGAAUAAAGAGCGGGAAAUUUAAAUUUCGAACUAAACGUCAAUAGUUACCUUUCAUGCUCGCUUAGACUCUUGUGUUCCAUUGUAUAAUUGUAUUGUAUGGUAAGGGUCUUGUAUUUGCGUAAUAAUUAAAAAAGGUAUAAUGUUGAUACAUCAUUAUUUAAUAAAUUAGGCAGGCACUUUUUUUUAUUUCUCAAGACACUUAGUAAUAGAUACUGGCACAUCAUUAUUCAUUAAUAUUAGAUGAAUCAUCCAAAUAUAGUUUAAACGGUAAAGCAAUACGCUCAAUAUUUUUACUCAUAAAAAUGGAUGAACAAACUUAACAAUUUUUGGUACAAAUUUAUUCAAAAAGUUUACAUAAGAACAAAUGCAACAUAGCAAUAAGAGGUUAUAAUUUCUAAGCAUUACUUUAGCAUAAAACCGGAAAUUUUGCAUACAUGUAAAGAUUAAAUAAGGUCAUAUUUCUGUACCCAAUUUAGUUUUUAUGGUUAUUAUUAGAUUGUGAACAAAAAAGUAACUUUAAAAUAUAAAAUGUUUGAUUUGACGAUAGUGAUAAAUUCCAAAGAUAUAUGCGUAUUGUAAGUAAAUAUAUUUAUUAAACAUUGUUCUGGGUAAA